UACCUAACGAUCCGGAGAUUUUGAGAAAGGUUAUAAAUAAGAAACUAAAUAUCUCAACAUAUGGUUCGCUUGAGUUUAUUUCAAAGUCUAGCUACAUUGGCUCUCAAUUAUUUCCUGGAAUAAUCUUGUCAAUAGUGUCUUUUAUUUUAUUCGGAAUGUUACUGAAUGGUUUAGUUUUCUGAGUGGAGACAUUUGAGUCUGUUGUAGAUCCUGGUUUAGCACUUGACGUAGGUUUCGUAGUCACUUGAUCAGUAGUAGUAAUAGUAUCAGUUGCAGUAGUAUUAUCUCGUGCAGAUUCAGAAUUGCCUGUAGUGGUGCCACGGGAUCGUCCGGAACAGUCAGGGCACAUAUGAUGCUUGUGGUGUGAUUUGGCGAAAACAUGAACUCCGCAAGUUACAUAUAGAACUAGUAGUGAUAUCACCUGAAAUUUAAAAAAUGUAAGGAGAUACUUUUAGAAAAAUAUCCUCCAAUGAUUCACGGUGAAAAAUUUACGGCGACUGUUUUUUUUUAAAUGAAACAAUAUUAUUAUCAUUUUUAGCACUUGUUUUAAUAAUUUUAAUUUACGGGAAAAUAAGGUACAUAUCCCAAAAUUAUUUAAAGAGAUAAAGCAUAAAAUAGUUUAUUUUAAUAAUACUUUUCACAUCAUUAACUCUGAUUCCUAUGAUCGUACGGGAAACUUGUCUAAUUGGAAGAUCCUGUUCUCAUUUUCCUUUAUGGCUUCUUUUCCGGUUCUUUGUCUUUGUCUUUGUCUUUUUUAGCCCCAGGAAUCCAAUUGGAGAUAACGUUCAUGAAGCCCUGGAAGUCAGCGAUGUUAAAGGGGAUGCUGGGGGUGGCCGGUUUGUCGUCUGCGCGACGGGUGCGAUUGUGGUCGGGGGCUUGGAGGGUCAGGGAUACACAGCAAAGCACCAGGAGGCAUAUUGACAACUGGAAUAUAAAGUACAUGACUAUAUCCAGUCAAACAUUAACAAGAUCAGUCUUCGACCAGUUCACUACACCAGACAAGAAGGAUAAAAACAAAAUGUUGAUGUACUUGAGGGGAAUGAUAAAGCCGGAAAGUACCACUACCGUUAAAGUGACCACCCAGCAAUAUGGUUUUACCUCGGCUCCUGAUUCCCUUAUAAUUAAGCAAGUAUGGGAAGGCAAGGGCUUACCAGAUCGGAGUGACAAGUCCAAAAUGUUGGCGUACCUUAGAGGGAUGAAUGCUCCAAACGGCAUAAGCACUGUUUACGAGGACCCUCAGCAUCGAGGUGUGAUUCAGACUCUUGAGACCCAGAAUACAGAGAAUACACAAAAUACUGCCAAUACUAAGAACACUGUGGUCGACUUUAAGAAUACGGACCCGCAAGUUUCGUGGGGAAGUCCAGCUGCGUCUACCCAGCCUAUAAUUCUGCAACCUGAGAAAGAGAGUGAAAGUGACACUUGUUUUUGGCGAGGUCAGCAGUCACCGGAUAAUUCAUACCGUUCACAAUUAGUUGAUACGGAUAAAUUUCAAAAACAAGGACCUAAAAAACCUAAAGAUGAAGUUAAGGAAUCAGGAUCAGAGUUCGAAAAUAUGGGAGAGAAUGUAAUAAAAUUUUGGGACUGCAUAAGAACCAAAUUUUAUAAAUCUUAUGAUAGGAUAAAAGACAAAAUCUGCGGGAUGUUCGAAGGUUAA